UCUAAACAGCCAAUAGCAUCACAUAAUAUGAGUAACCUGAACCGUAAGGCUGAUAAAAUAUUCUCCCUCGCCCGUCCGCAUAAGUAGAGCGCACUUUGUUCCGUGAAGCGAGCGGGCAGAAACGGUUUGACGGCGCCUUGACAAGAAGAGAGUCGGGACAGCGAGUCAGUCAUGGUCUCUCUCCCAAGCAGUGUGCUGUUAGUGUCGUUUCUAGCUUUAUGGACUCUGGCGCAAGGCCAAACGACUCCGGGUACUUGUCCGACAUUCCCCCCGCCCGCGGAAUGUCCCCCGGAGCCAGAAAAUGAGUGCAACGACGACGCAAAGUGUUUACAGCUAUACCCUGGCCAGGGUCUCAAAUGCUGCAAGGAAGGGUGUGACUUUGUCUGCGUCCCCCCGAUUCCUCCACCAACUCCUCCACCACAAAGGGUAUGAUCAUAACUCAUCCACGUGACAUCAACAAACUAACCCAAUAACACCACUAAUAAUAACCCUUUCGCCCAAUAAACACUGUAUGCCUCUGGAUUUUUACCCCAAAGGUCUUUCAUGGUCGAUUUUAGAACGCUAUCAUGCAAAAAUCGACCAGGAAAUAGGAUAAAGGACGCGCGCUACUGCGGCAGAACUCCAAGACAGUUUCAAGAGAUUUGACCAAUCAUGAUGCGAGAACCACUGUUUCGAUUGCCACAUAUAUUAUAAGGAGCAAUUUCGAAUUAAUUUCUAAAGAGUUCCAUUUAGGAAAACUAUACCAAAGUUCUUCAGGCUUCUAAGGAGAAAAAGACCCAGGCGAUUCUUUUACCGGGUUCUCAACCUAGACCCAGGCGAUUUUUACAGGGGUUCUCAACCUAGACCCAGGCGAUUUUUACCGGGUUCUCAACCUAGACCCAGGCGAUUUUUACCCGGUUCUCAAACUAGAUCCAGGCGAUUUUUACCUGGUUCUCAACCUAGACCCUGGCGAUUUUUACCGGGUUCUCAACCUAGACCCAGGCGAUUUUAACCUGGUUCUCAACCUAGACCCAGGCGAUUUUAACCUGGUUCUCAACCUAGACCCAGGCGAUUUCUACCUGGUUCUCAAGCUAGACCCAGGCGAUUUUUACCGGGUUCUCAACCUAGACCCAGGAGAUUUUUACCGGUUCUCAACCUAGACCCAGGCGAUUUUUACCGGGUUCUCAACCUAGACCCAGGCGAUUUUUACCUGGAUCUCAAACUAGACCCAGGUGAUUUUUACCCGGUUCUCAAACUAGACCCAGGCGAUUUUUACCCGGUUCUCAAACGAGACCCAGGCGAUUUUUACCGGGUUCUCAACCUAGACCCAGGAGAUUUUUACCGGUUCUCAACCUAGACCCAGGCGAUUUUUACCGGGUUCUCAACCUAGACCCAGGCGAUUUUUACCUGGAUCUCAAACUAGACCCAGGUGAUUUUUACCCGGUUCUCAAACUAGACCCAGGCGAUUUUUACCCGGUUCUCAAACGAGACACAGGCGAUUUUUACCUGGUUCUCAAACUAGCCCCGGGUGAAUUUUACCCGGUUAUCAACCUACACCCAGGUGCUUUUUACCAGGUUCUCAACCUAGACCCAGGCGAUUUUAACCGGGUUCUCAACCUAGACCCAGGAGAUUUUUACCGGUUCUCAACCUAGACCCAGGCGAUUUUUACCGGGUUCUCAGCCUAGACCCAGGCGAUUUUUACCUGGAUCUCAAACUAGCCCCGGGUGAAUUUUACCCUGUUCUCAACCUAGACCCAGGAGAUUUUUACCGGUUCUCAACCUAGACCCAGGCGAUUUUUACCGGGUUCUCAACCUAGACCCAGGCGAUUUUUACCUGGAUCUCAAACUAGACCCAGGUGAUUUUUACCCGGUUCUCAAACUAGACCCAGGCGAUUUUUACCCGGUUCUCAAACGAGACACAGGCGAUUUUUACCGGGUUUCAAAUAAGGUUUACUGUGGUUUAGAAAAGUUGUGACGUCAUAGGAAAGUAUCGUCCCGAUCUGUAGGUGAGCUAACUCCCGACCCGCCUUCCCUGUCUGCUUGCCACAGCACAGGAACUCGGUAAAAACGUCUAGGGUUAGGCUAUGGGUUGUUUUAUUGAACUCACGAAACCUCCCCUCCCCACCCCUCCCCCCUCUCCCAUGGAUCCACACUAAGGAGGGUCUCUUGCUGUUGAAUAGCGCUUUAUAUGUAACGCUCGUUGGCUGUCACGCCAGAUUGUAUAUUUCUCGCAUCAUUAUCGGCCAUUUUUUAGGCUGUCAGGGUGGUAGCGUGAGUCGUACUUUUAAAGUUCAAAUGAACUUUCGACGGCCGGCAGGGGUCACUAGGUAUUCUAAGUAGUUUUUAAAAUGGGAAUUUAGUCAUUUUAAAAACCAUACAGAAACCACAAGAUAAA